AUGUCGACAGGACUCGCCAGACAGCGCUCGGCGUCGCGGGGCUCUUCGGUGCGCUCAGAUGUACAGCACAAGCCGCCGACACCCAGCAUUACUCCAGGAAGCGACGAGUUUGCCUUCGAACCAUGCGCUGCGACAGCUUCGUUCCUGCUCUACGCCCAGCGCAACGUCAUUCUGUGCCUUCACCAUGACACUCUGGCCGUGGAAAGAAGAUUUACGAGGCAUCGCGAAGACGUCUCGUGGAUUUCCGCCGAUACGGUCAGCGAGCGCGGUGCGGGCCGUCUGGUGGUGAGCUACGAUGCGGGGAGCACCGCAAUUGUGUGGGACCUUCUCACCGGCGACGAGGUGGCUCGAUUUGCGUCGUAUGACCAGAUUCGGGUUGCUUCGUGGAUGAGGAACGGCAAUGUUGCAUUUGGCAACGCGCAGGGCAACAUCAUCCUUUUCGAACCUUCAACAUCCGAGCACAUUUCCGCGAGGACCAUCUUCGACCCGAUUACGGCACUGGCUCCUGCGGCAGACUGCCGGACGUUUGCAAUUGGGUAUCUCAAUGGCUCGAUUCUGAUCGCGACGCUACAGCCGUCAUUUACCAUUCUCCACACUCUCACAACACCUAGAGCCCCUUCCCCUAUUGCAGGGCUUGCUUGGCACGGGUCGUCCUCGAAACAGAAGUCUGAGAUGUUAGCCGCUCAGACUUCGGACGGUGACCUCAGAGUGUGGAGCAUCCCUAAAGUGGCUCACGGUGGCGACACCCCGUGUGUGAUCCGCAUCCUUAACAAAUCGGACCAAAGAGAACCCGGCCCCUGCUGGUUCGCGUGGUCGAAAAAUGGCCGAAUCAUCCAAUACACGGAAGGUCAAACAGCCGCUUGGGAUGUGCGCACCAAGCGAGUCUCGUAUGAGAGUAUCCCUACGGUCGAUAAUGUUGCCGCCAUUUGCAACUACGGCCCUACUGCUACGCUCUUCACCAUGAGUCGUAACUACGGUGUGCAGCAAUAUGACUUGAAUCCUAGUGGGACGCCAACCAUUGUUCAAAACGUCCAGCAUCCUCCUGCUAAUACUCCCCCAUCUCCUCCUCACUCCCUUGAUGAACAUGACAAGACUGGCAAGACCCCACUGACUUCUCAAUCCAAGUCAGCCGCGCAUGUACUGAUUGAAUCUGAAAGUAGUGAGGGCGAGGGUCAUACUGUACUCUCGCCGUUACAGAAGAUUGCUCAAGAGAUGGACCAGUUGGAGGAGGAGCGUCGUGAUCGUGUCGGCCCUCUCAGUCCUGUCUCCAGUCGGGGCUCGCAAAGCUCCAGGUCUUCAGGGAGCGGACGUGGACCACGCUACCGUUAUGACAAGCCUGCCAACACCAGGUCUUCGAAGAGCUCAGGAGGUACAGUAUUCUCGUCAGGCACUUCUUCGAUGGUGGGUGCGUCUCGCGAGAGCAUUUCUAUCAAGUCUACGUCAUCGGCCGCAUCUUCACGUUUCACUUCCUCCCAUCUUCGCAAAGAAGUACUUCGGAGCCCAGAUGAGUCGCAUCGUACCCAGCACAUGGACCUAUUUCCUUUCACCAAAGCUCGACUUGGUGACGUUCCCUACCGGAAUUCUCAACUCGGCUCUGAAAGGUCUCCAGACGACCUCCGCCAGAACAUGCUUCGCGUUGUGUUUGGUUGGGAGAAUGACAUCGAGGAGCUGAUUCGUGACGAACUUGCCCGCCACCCACCAGGGUCAGCCGCGGCCGUCCUACUUUCGAAGUGGCUCGGUGACGUUGGGGCCGACCUCAUGGCAUCCAUGGUUGGGGCCGAGUCUAUGACUUCCUCGGACUGGAUGUUGCUUGCUCUCAGUUCCAUGGGUCAGGGUACGCAGAAGAAGGUCGGUGAGACCUUCGUUCAGCGACUCCUCGAGAAGGGCGACAUUCACCCUGCCGUUGCUAUCUUGCUUGGCUUAGGUGAGCACAAUGAUGCCGUCGAAGUAUAUGUCUCUCGUAAAUACUUCAUGGAGGCGAUCUUGCUUACAUGUUUGAUGUUCCCGACUGACUGGCAACGGCAAUCAUUCCUUGUCAGGAAGUGGGGUGAGGCUGCGGUCUCUCGUGGCCAAGCAGAGCUCGCUGUAAAAUGUUUCUCUUGUAUGGGCCUGGAGUCAUCCGAGCCUUGGUUCUCGCCGCGGGCUCAGGACGCAGUCUUCUCUGCACAGAAACAACAUCUCCUGGGCUCGCAGCUCAGUCCGCCUCUUUCACCACCAAGCGCUGGGGGAAGUCGGAUCACGGCGAAGAUGUCUUCCCUCAAGCUUGUCACUGACUUCGGUCAAGGACCUCAACCGCAACAGAUGAUCCCCGAAGACGACGAACAGACUCCAAUGCACGUUGGUGCCACGCCUAUCGCAGAGUCUGCGAUGAGUCCCACUGGUGGCAGGAACCCGUGGCUCGGCGCAAGCCUGAGAUCAGCCCGUCCUCGUGAGGGCUCCCGUGAACCAUCUUCGGCCAGGACUGCUACACCCGGAUCGUACAACCGCAAGCGUCUUCCCUCUCAGUCGGGUACGGAGCGAUCUACAACGAACAACGAAUAUCUUGCUUCUCUUGCUGUGCCGAACCGCGGACAGCGUGACGAAAUUCCGCGUACUGCUGUUGACAACAUCGGACGCGAAGCGGAAACACUGCCGUUCUCGAGCCGCCGCGCGGCAUCAACUGGUGCAAGCGAGAAAGAGAUUGUUUUAACCGCUGCGACCUAUGAUCCAGCCAAGCCUAAGGAGCAUAUGCCGUCUCCCGCCGCCGGUGUGUUCACCACCCUGGUUGGUAGAGACGAGGAAUCACGCAACAGCUCCCGCAGCCGCAACGUACAAGACUUGCACCUUGAGGUCGUAGAGACUAUCAUGGACAAUGGCCCCGACACAGGAUACAUCAAUCUGAGUCCGCCUUUGACAGGAGCCAGCGUCAAAAGCGCAAAGGCCCGCGGCAUUGAUCAGUACAUCAGCAGCUUAGAAGAGGCCAAUUAUUACUCUCGGAAGCAUAGUGACCCCAAACCUGAGCCUCGUCCGGGCUCGCGCACCGACCCCCGUCCCGACAGUCGCACAGCUAGAACUCGCAGCCGAACCCGCGACGCCUCUGAAUCUCGAGGACGCUCUGGCGCCCGCUACAUCCGUCCUGCUAAACGAUCCCCUUCAUCGCCGGUACCCAUGUCUCCUGAAGAUGCCGGCAUAUACGCCAGGACGAGUAAAGAGGCCGCAACGAACACGGAGAGUUUCGAGGACGAACGAUACUACAAGGUUGAAGUCGGCUCUCCCGUUGCAACAGAGUCUAUCGGUAGUAGUCGAACUCACAGGAGUCGCGCAAGAACUGGCGCAAGCAAAGCCAGAUCAUCUUCCAAGGCUGCACGACGUACAGAGUCACCCGAACCUGUGCCACGCGUCAAGAGCAGAGGAGUCAGUCGUACAUCAAGCAAACGUCGCAAUGACGAUCGCGGUCGCAGCUCCACCCGCGAUGAGAGCUCCGCGAGGCGCUCACCUGGAUCUCCUAAGCCAAUGUAUCGUGAUGAAGCAGUCGGUCCAGAGAGCUACGAGCCAGUCCGUCCUCGUGAGCGAAGUACUAGCCGCCGCCCCGGCGAGCGUGCACAGAGUUCACGAAGAGAAAUGUCACCGGAUCGCCGCUUGCCUCGUGACCGCUCAAUGAGUCGCAAAGCAGCAUCAGCUCUGCGAGAGACCAGCCGACCGCGUGCCGUUAUGCGAGAUGCUUCACCAGAGCGCCUACCGGAAGUAGCUGCCGAGAGUCGACCAGCUUCCCGCCACUCCAAUUUAUCUGGCCGCUCUGGACAUCGUCGACCGCCGACACUCUCUAGAAAGGAACUAGCCGCCAAGGAGCUGGAGGAACGUCGACUGUCACUUGCUCGACGCCCCUCUGCGCCAAUGAUCCCCCACCCUGGCGAUCUGGCUCACCGACCUGUGCCUGCCGAGCGCUCCCACACGGACAGCGCAGAAUCAUUCGCCACAAUCUCCAUGCACCGAGACCCCAUUCAACGUAGCCAGACUGCAGACCCAGAGAUUUCGAAGAAAUACUCGCCAACGAACAGAAUGCACAUGGGCGCUACUUCGACGGCCUCUGUGCCAAUUGGCCUUCCGGCCACUCCACGAGCGAUGCGUCAUCCUCGGUACAUGAGUGCUGAUCCGCAUGAGAGGGAGGGCAUUCCAGCUGUGCCAACAAUACCAGAUUCUAUGUAUGCGGCUGCUCAGGAGAGUCAAGAUGCUCAAGAUGAUCUGGGCCCGCUCUUACCUGCCACUACAUUCGGCCAGCCAGCUCUGGCUCGCUCGGCUUCCGCGCCCCCAGAGGACCUCUCACCAGUCAAUAUGGCUCCUAGAAUUUCGCCUACCUAUCCUCUGGGCAGACGUGGUUCGUUGGGUGUUAACCGCGGUCACUCUAGAAACACCUCAUCAGACGGUAUCACUGCACCGAACUACAAGCGCGUUAGCCCUCCGCCCAUCACGGCCAGUAUUGACGAGACCAUCCACGAGAACCAAGUUGUCAUUCUUGAUACGGACCCUGCUGCUCCCCCACUCCUCGCUGAGCUACAACACCUUGCGGGUCCACCUCCUCCUCCUCCUGCGCCUCUGCAAUUGAACACCAGUCCAAAGAGCAGCAUGCUCAUCAACAUUGCCAUUGACGAAAAUCCUACAGAGAAGGCGCAAGAUGCCGUAUCUCCCGUGGCUGCUUCGCCUCAAUCGCACAGACGUGGCCGGGGCAGUGUGAGCGAAAACAUCGGCAUGACUUUCAAGCGAGUCACUGAUAGGAUGCGCAGCACUAGUCGCUCUCGCAACAAGUCCCCACCCAUGCGGGCAGAGAUUCCUCCUUACGAGAGCGUACCAGAAUUCUCCUUCCCGAGGAGCGCGAGCGCGCGAUCUCCUGUCGAUGGCCAUGGCAGUGAAUAUUUCGGGAAGCUCUCGCCCCCGCCUCCGCCUCCACCACCCCAGCCUAUGGAGCAGGUUAUAUCUCCUAUCGAAAACCCGCAGUUUGUUGGUUACAAGCAUCCUAGGGAAAUUCGAGCCAACAUGCCUCCUGAUACGCUUCAAGCUGGUGUUUAUCAACCUGAGACGCCCAUGAUCUAG